UUACAAACAUUUCAGCCCAUGUGUGCUGUAUUAUUCUGCACAGAGUUGGUAAAAUUUAAUUAUUUUCACAAUGUUUGUAAGAAUAAUACAGCACACAUGGGCUGAAAUGUUUGUAAGAUUCGGCUAAUCAGCUUGCCAUAAACAGGUCACUUGACCUAGCAGGCAGCUUAGAAGCACAGUUGUUCCUAAAUAAAUACAUAACCAUCCAUGGUAUUUAUUUAUAUGUUUGACAAAAUCAUGCCUAUAAUGUAAUCUAGAGAUUCUAAACCUUCAUUCUGUAUGAUUUCUUUGAAAAAUACUGCACGGAUUGAUGAAAACUGAGAGAAGUUUUGGAAGCCAAUAUGAUUGAAUGGCCGAUUCUGCUUUUGACAACGUCACUUGCGGAUCGUAAAAAAACACAUGCGAAUGUUACAAUCCAUCCCAAACUUCACCUAAUUCAAGUUAAAUGUAUAUUCUAUAAAAAGUAUUGGGUUUGAAACAAAAAAAUAAUAGCCUUCAUAGCGGAUUUUGAUGGCAAACACGAGAGAAAUGUUGCUUCGCUUAUAACUUUCUUCUUAUGGCAGAUAACUUGGAAAUUCGAACGUGAGAAUCAACGUGAGGACGUAAUUUACGUUACUAGUAUAUGGGCUUUAGAGGUAUUCACAAAGCAAAGAUAAGAAAGAUUUCCUAAGUCACCGACGCGUCUGGCGCUGAUAACCUGCUGGGAACAAAGCGCUCGUGCGUAUAUAGAUUGUCCAAACACAGAAAAACUCCUGAGAUCCACACGCUGUUCUAAAUAUGGCGUUUAUUAAAGAGGAGACUGAAGACGUGAAGAUUGAAGAAACAUUGAGAUUAAAACAAGAAGAUACUGAGGAACAAACAGACCUCAUUAUGCUGAAGGAGGAGCACAUAGUACCGAAUGAAAUGGAAGAGAAAGAACAAUGUGAGACUCAUCAUGAUUUUAAAACCGAGGAAGAAUCUUUUAGUCGGCCAAAGAUUAAAGAGAUUUUCUCACAGAAAACAGCUCAUAAAACAGAAACAGAAAGUUAUUUCACCCCUUUUCACUGUGAAAAGAGUUUUAGUGAACAUGGAAACCUUAAAGUCCCCAUGGAAAUUGACACUGGAGGGAAGACAUUCUCCUGCCAACAAUGUGGAAAAAGAUUCAAUAGAAAAGGACACCUUAAAGACCAUAUGAAAGUUCACACUGGAGAGAAGUCUUUUACCUGCCAACAGUGUGGAAAGAGUUUCAAGCAUAAAGGAGACCUUAACAGGCACAUGAGAAUCCACACCGGAGAGAAGUCUUUCACCUGCCAACAGUGUGGAGUCAGUUUCACACAUAAAGGAAACCUUAAAGUGCAUAUGAGAAUUCACACUGGAGAGAAGCCUUAUACCUGCCAACAGUGUGGAGUCAGUUUCACAAACAAAGGAAACCUUUACAGGCACAUGGAAAUUCACACUGGAGGAAAAUCUUACACCUGCCAACAGUGUGGAGUCAGUGUCACUCAUGAAAGAAACCUUAAAGAGCACAUGAGAAUUCACACUGGAGAGAAGCCUUACACCUGCCAACAGUGUGGAGCCCGUUUCACAUAUGAAGGAAAACUUAAAGCGCACAUGAGAAUUCACACUGGAGAGAAGCCUUACACAUGCCAACAAUGUGGAGUCAGUUUCACACAUAAUGGGAGCCUUAAAGUGCACAUGAUAAUUCACACUGGAGAGAAGCCUUACACUUGCCAACGGUGUGGAGUCAGUUUCACCAAUAAAGGAAACCUUUACAGGCACAUGAAAAUUCAUACUGGAGAGAAAUCUUACACCUGCCAACAGUGUGGAGUCAGUGUCACUCAUGAAAGAAACCUUAAAGUGCACAUGAGAAUUCACACGGGAGAGAAGCCUUACAACUGCCAACAGUGUGGAGUCAGUUUCAGAAAUAAGGGAAACCUUUACAGGCACAUGAAAAUUCACACUGGAGAGAAAUCCUACACCUACUAACAGUGUGGAGUCACAUAACAGAAACCUUAAAGUGCAUUUGUGACCCUGAACUACAAAACCAGUCAUAAAGGGUAUAUUCUUAGAAAUUAAGAUUUAUACAUCAAAUAAAUAAGAUUUUCAUUGAUAUAAGGUUUAUUAGGAUUGAAGAAUAUUUGGCGAAGAUACAACUUUAUCAAAAUCUGGAAUUUGAGGGUGAAAAAUAAAGCUAAAUACUGAGAAAAUU